AGCGGCUCAAGAAACUUUGACGGCAACUCGACCAUUGCUCCAAGCUUUUCGCACAGACCGAGCGGUAGCUUUCACCGGGGCGGCUUGCAGUGCAUUGCGCGUGUGAUGGCAUGGCGUUCUUCGCCAAAGGGCAGUGCUGCCCGAUAUGCAGCCAAAGCUUCUUGGCGAAUUCGGCAAAGUAUCACAUAAAGGCUUGUGCAAGACAGACGCUGGCGCAGCUGGAUACUUGCUCUUCCUGCGGCCGGCUCGUCCGGAAGGAGGACCUGAAGGAGCACGCGGCCCGGUGUAGAGCCCGGGGAGCCGAGGCAGCAUCCGAAGGGUCCGAAGGGUUACGCAAGACCUGGCAGGAGAAGGGAAAGGUGCUGCGUGUCACGCUGGCGAAGAUCGAGGCUGGUGAAAUCGGGAGCCUCGACCCGCGCGGAUUUUUUCUUUGCUCCAUUUGUGGACAACAAGGUUUGGGGCUGACGGAAGUGCUAUCUCAUGAGGAGGCUUGCCGUCAGCGAUUGAGUACGGAUGGUCAUGUCUCGCGACCUGAUGCCAUGACUUCCGUUGACGCAAGUGCUGGGGAGGACGGCGGCCUUCCUGUAUCUCUGGCGCAAGCCUUUGCAGAUCUGAAGCAGGAGAUCCUGAAGGUUGCCGCCGAUGAAGCCGAGUCUAGCUGCUUGCUGGCGCUCAGUAUUGACCGGCUGCGAGACGUAGCACGCAACGCUUGCUUUCUGGAGGAGAAGAAGUACCGAAGACUUCGAUUGUCAAAUCCGGCGGUGGCCGAGGCCAUCGGUCGCUGGCAGUCGUCUAUCCGGAUGCUGGAGGCUGUUGGCUUUGAGUCGGUGAUGCACACCAGCAAGACAGGAACGGAUCCAGAGCCGCAUUUGAUGCUUCCAUGCCAGCUGGCAGAGAGCACUUUGCAGGUCUUUCUCGAUAUUCUGGACGGGAAACAAGUCGCCCAACCUGACACGGCAGCUUCGACAACAUCAGCCGUUCUGGAGGAAUGCUGCUAUUGUCACCGGAAGUUCCGCUUUGACCGGAUUGCCAAGCAUGAAACACGCUGCCCAGAGUCAAAGCCCAGAACCGCCAAGUUUGAUGCUGCAAGAAAGUUGCUCGGGGGGACGCCGGGAGAACACCACAUCCCAGAUGUGAGGGAGCUUUUGGGCAGACGCGAAGGAGGCUUGGGCAGUACCAAGCUCCCUCCUUUGGUCAUGAAGCACCACAACGGGGAUGGCACUGGUGCUUUCACUGAUCUUCACGAGUGCAACCGUUGCAAGCGCAGAUUUUCUGCGGAGGCGCUGGAGAAGCAUGCAAAGCGCUGCAAUGCUCCGCUGGCACGGACCAGUGAGGUGGACAGGCCUCACGUGAGGCCUCUGGGGGCGGAGUCUGAAGCUGCACGGAGGUCGACGCCGCGGGCGUCGCGACCAAGCAGCGCCUCCAGCGCGGCGUCCAGGUCCCGAGAUCCGAAACUUCCGAGAGAUGGCAGAGACUCCAACCCGAAGCCGAGACCCGAGGCCAAACCGGAGCGGACGUCCACUCCGAGCAGGGCAGAGCGGACGUCGACUCCAAGCAGGGCAGAGCGGACGUCGACUCCAAGCAGGGCAGAGCGGACGUCGACUCCAAGCAGGGCGACUAGGGCCGAUCGCCCAACUUCCAGCAGGGCGACUCCAAGUCUUCCAUCUCUGAGCAGGGCGGAGCCCCGUGAGCCCCGUGAGGCCCAUGCGGAGCCCGUCAAGGCCUCGAGCGCGUAUCCUUUACCAGCUCCAAGUGCCAAGCAGGAUUUUCAAGGGCAGCCAUCGUACGAUCAGCUGGAGAUUGACGUUGCUGAUUGGCUUGACACAUGAGCUUUUGUUGCCGAAAGACCAGAACCAAGCAACACGCCACCAAGACCAGCUGGAAUAGCAUCAAAACAUCCCGCGAUUCCAAUGCGUGCCAUGUUUUGCUCUGCCUCAUGUAUACAUAUUUGCUCAUCGGGCCCUUUACCGGCCCUUGCCUUCGGAGGAGAUCAGCGCGGCUGUGAUGAAGUCGGCUGUUGCACUCGGGUCAUUGAACAUCGUCAGCUUCCUGCUGAGCCGGGCAUGAGAGGCUUAAAACAGAGACUGCGCGCCGCAAGCGGGCAGAUGCCUUGUCGCUUCAAGGAUCAGUGGAAGCCAAGCGAUUGCCAGGA